GUCUUUGUGCCAUUGGGUUGGAAGUUAAUCACCAUGUCCCUUCCAGAGAUGGAUCAAUAUUCAGAUGUCCAGGUUUACUUCACAGCCAAGGAAUGGGCAAAGAUCAGCGUUUAUGAGAGAACAUGUAUCAAGAAUGUCAAAGAAAACUACGAGAUGAUGAUAAAUCUUGGAUUACAGGUAAAUCAACCAAAGUUCAUGCAACGUGUGCAAGUUAUAAAGAAAGAGAUCAAAGAGGAAAGUGAUGGAGGGGAGGAGGAAAUAGAGUCAAGAGGAAUACCUGUGGUAAAUCAACCAAAGUUCAUGCAACGUGUGCAAGUUAUAAAGAAAGAGAUCAAAGAGGAAAGUGAUGGAGGGGAGGAGGAAAGAAAGUCAAGAGGAUUACAAGUAAAUCAACCAAAGUUCAUGCAACGUGUGCAAGUUAUAAAGAAAGAGAUCAAAGAGGAAAGUGAUGGAGGGAAGGAAGAAAGAAAGUCAAGAGGUUUGUGGAUGUAG